AUGAGGCAGGCGGUGGAGGCUCAGGUGUUGAGCCCCCACUGUGAGCUCGGCGAGCACGGUCAGUCCGAGGAAACUGGUUUAAAAGUCCUUUAACCGUCUGUACUUCCCUUUAAUAACAGCUGUGUGUGUGUGUGUGUGUGUGUGUGUGUGUGUGUGUGUGUGUGUGUGUGUGUGUGUAGGCCUGCGACAGAUCCUGACAGACGUGAUCGAGGAGGUGAGGAAGUCGGUGAAUCCAGACAUCGACGGCGCCGACAUCCUCCACAGUCUGCUCAACGCCUCCUGGCUGCAGUCACUGCUAAAGGUCUGAAAACCGACCCUGAUCCGGACCCUGAUCCAGACCCUGAUCCUGCUCCAAACACAGUCCUCCUACCUCACUGUUAUUCAGACUCAUGAUCACACUGAUGUUGAAAUGUUCAAACCUGCUCAGAAACCUCCUGAGCUGAGUUUCAUGUCCGUCUCCUUAAAUCUCUCAGACGCUCUUCAUGUUUUUAUUUUUGUCGUUUCUCUGUUGACUCAGAGUUUUCAUGUUUGUGUUCAUCUGUCUGCUGAAGAAGAAGACGUCUGAUUUUCCACUUGGCUGCUCAGUCACUGUGAUAUUCAGAAGCUGAAGUUAAACUCUAAAUCCUCUGACACGGUUGUUUCAGGUCUACGAGUGUCUUCAGAGGUACCUGAGAAACUCCCCGACUCCUGCUCUGGACUACGCGUCAGGACUCUCCCUCCAGGUUUCUCUCUGAUCACGUUUGAUUCAUCAUCGGUUGAUCGAAUCCUUUUUUAUAUGUCGGAGGAUUUACGUCGGUGUUUGGUUGUUUUCUCAGCUGCUGAUCGAUAUCCGAUCACUGCCGGGCUGCUCUGAAGACGCCAAAGAGCUUUACCGCCUCCUGAGACAGCCACACCUGCAGGUGAGAACCUCAGAGUCUGAAAACCAGAAAGCUUGAUGAUGAGUUUCUGAGCAGCAGGUUCCUGGUUUUCCUCUCCUGUAGGCUCUCCUCUCAGCCCACGAUACGGUGGCCCAGAAGGACUAUGAGCCCGUGUUACCGCCGAUGCCUGAAGAGCUGCCGGACGAUGAGGAGGCCACGAGGAUCGUCUGUCUGGUCAAGAACAAGCAGCCUCUGGUGAGCAGCACAGCCGAGGUCUCCUCAGUCUGAUGUGGGUUCGGUUUGGGCCGGUCCAGACUCAGUUCUCAGGUCUGAGGUCAGGGUCUGAUGGGAUCUCUUUGUUUUUAAUCUGUCUUUAUAAUCAAAACAGAUUUUCUGGGAUCAGAGCUUAAAGACGGAUCCUCCUCACGCCACAGAGACAGCCAGUCUUUGUUUUCAGAACUUUCUCAUGUAAUGAUCCGAUUUGAAACACAGACCCGGAUCUCUUAGAGAUCGGGCUCUAACAUCAGGGCUGGAUCUGGGUUGACCAGGACCUUCAGUGUGGUUGAAGUCUCCUCUCCUCCUGCUCCACGUUCAUCUGAAACCCCGUUUACAGGGUCCAGAUCUCAUGUUUUUGACGUGGUUUUGGUUUGAUGCAGCGACCCGGUUUGUCCAGAGUCGAAUAUUAAAAAGUUCCUGAAGUUUGAGGAAUUAAAACAGACUGAAGUAUUUCUUCAGUAGAUGAGUUUAGACAGGAAGAAGCAGAGGAGACAGUAAUUUGGUGGAAUGUCCCUUUAAUCCUCUCUAAUAACCGUCUCCUCUGAUUUUAGAGCGCAGACGUUUCUGAAGAAUAUUCACUCUUAGUCCAUCAGUGAACCCACCAAAGAGACGGUUUCCUGCUCCACUCCCAUGAAAACAGAUGUUCUGACCCGAAUCAAACAGCUGAGCGGGUCUGACCAGAGCAGAUGUCUGAUUUUGAUAAUCUCUCAUUAAAAUAAUUGUCUGUGAAAGCUCAGGUCGUUCCUGACCACAGAGAGAGAGAGAGUGUAGAGGAAAAGAGAGUUUCUGUCUGUGGAUCAUCCCUGAAGAUACAGAAGCAGUCUGAGUUUAGAGAGGAGGUGACUGAAGGAGGAGGAGAAGGAGAAGAAGGAGGAGGAGGUUAUUGUUGUGAGGAUGAGAGAGUCUCUGAUGAAGGAGAGAGUCCAGAUCUUCAGUUUGAUGUUUCUGCUGAUUCUGUUUCUGAGUUCCUCUGCUGUCUCACAGCUCCGUCACCAGCCCAGGGUGGGGCUCUCGCUCUCCUGCUCCUCCUCCCCCUGCACUAAAAAACGCUCCCGAGUCGCCGCCUGCAGUCACUGGGACACCCUGAAGCGCCUGACCCGGCAGACGCUUUACAGAGGCGGUGCGUUCGGGGGUCCGGGUCCUGCUGUUAGAAACCGGGACGUGGACUGGCGUAGCGUUCGGAGAGGCAGCUUCCCUCAGUCUGAGCCUCCGUGUCACGCAGACGCGCCCCGCCCUUUCCCCCCGCCACGUUUUAAGCCAAUGAGGCGCUGUCAGGUGUGCUGCAGCAGGCCCGUGAGCAAAUGUCGGGUCUGUUACACCAACCUCCUGUGGGAGCAGAACCGCUCGGCGCCAUCCGUCUACAGCUCCGUCAUGAUCGGUAAGAAAAGCUCCGUGUCCGUCAUCCAUCACUCCUCCAUCCUCCUCCUGAUCUGUUAGUAAUGUCUGAUUUCUCCCCGGAGACAACGUCAUCGAAGAACUGGACAGCGACGACUCCACCGACCUCCAGCCCGCUCAGCGCUCGGCUCAGCGCUGGACCGUCUCGCCGCCCUGCCUCACUGUUCCUUAUUACUCCAACGUGGACGACUACCUCCCUCCAGGUCUUCCUCCGAGGCUCCAAAACCAAAGCCCCCGCGUCCGCACCGCUCCUCCGAGCCCCAUGCGUCCUCGCCGUGGUCGUGUGGUGGACCUGCCUCCGGUCCCCCCUGUGGAGCUCGCCAAACAGGAGAGUCUGGAUGAGCUGAGGACCACGGUGCAGCUGGCUGCCAGCUCCAUGGAGAGCAGCACCAAAGACAUCAAGCUCCUGGGAGAGAAGAUGGCUGCGGCCACCGAGCGGAUGUCCGAGACCGUCCAGGACAACUCGCAGGCGCUGGCGCUCCUCACCCAAGUGGUGGACCGCCUCCAGACGCUCCUCACCGCCAACAGCAUCCCAAAACCUGCAGCCCCCCAUCAAGACGGGACCCCCAAGACAAGCAGAUCGCCGCAGCUUCAGAAGAAACGUCCAUCUCUGGCUCACCAACCCAGGUGCUCCCUGCCCUCGCCUCCUUCUUCUUCCAGCUCCUCCUCCAGCUCCCUCAGCACCUCCUUGGAGACCCCCUCCACCUCUCAGGGGACCAGCUGUCUGUCCGUGUCCUGCCGUGGGUCGCCGAAACCCGCUCCGAAAUCCAAACACGCCACUCUGCCUCAGAAGAAGCACCUUCAGGCCGAGCUGAAAGAGUCCAAGGAACCGCUGACCAACGGACUCCUGGAGGAACCCAAAGACCUGACCACCAGCCUGAAAGGGGGCCGGUCUCCGCAGAGAAGGAAGAAGAAGAAGAAGAAGAAGAAGAAGAAAGCAACUUGAGGGAUGCAGGAAGUGGAAACGAGAAAAAGAAGAACCUUCUGGUUCUGAGAAGCUGAAUCUGGAGAGUGGAGGUCCUGCAGACGCAGACGGCGGUAUCUGAGAAUACUUUCCUCUUUCUCAUCGUUCGUGUUCGACCAUUUCAUCCUCUCAUAUCUUCUCCUCGCCGUGUUUCAGGACCCUCAUGACUGUUGGUUUGGUGCUUUGGUUCAUCCUGUUUGUGACGUCUUCAUUCCAGUGUCCUCCUCGCUCAUGUCCCCCUGAAGCUCCACAGACUCCCACCUUCACGUCCCUCCAGCUUAUCUUCUGUCUCUUUUGUUCCAGGGAGCGACGAUCAAGAGAAACGAGAUCUCAGGGGAGAUCUUCAUCGCUCGGGUCAUUCAUGGAGGUCUGGCAGAUCGAAGCGGUGAGCUGUCCUGAUGUUUGUCAGGAAUCUUCUGUGGAUCUGAACAGUCCUGGUUUCUGAUCUGAAGGAGGUUCUCUCCAUCUGUGAGGUUCAGGUCUUUGUCUGAUGAUGGUUCAGUGAUGAGGACACAGACGAGGAUCCGAAGUCCUCCUGAACCACCAGGUGAAACCUCCUCCUGACUGAGGUCUUUCUGUCUUCCUGUAGGUCUGCUGCAUGCUGGGGACCGGAUCGUGGAGGUCAACGGUUUCCCUGUCGAUGGGAUGGAGCCGGAGCAGGUGAUCCAGGUGGUGGUAAGUCCCUUAUUUCAUCAUCAGGACUUUUGCUCAGUAAAGACUCCGUUUCCGUUCUUGUUCCAGUCUCUAUUUCGGUCCUUAAAUCCUGAAGUUAAGUCCUCCUCCGUGUCCCUCCUCUCAGUCUGGGACAGACCUGUCUUCAGACUCCUCCCUGACGCACAUGUAGGCGUCUGAAAAACAAAACUGUCAGACCUCCGUCUGCUGCUGUUUUAGUUGUUUGUGUUUUUAUUUUCAGGUUAAAAAACUAAAGUCUGUUAUAGACGGGGGGGUAACUCUGUGUUUGUUUAUCCCUCCUCCUGAGUUAGGGUCCGCACCGACCCGUGUUUGACUUUAAACGCUUAAAAGAACCACAGAAAUCUGCUUUUUUACAUCAAGACUUUUUGACUUUGUCAGGAACCUCAACGAAAUAAAAAUAAAAAAUUAAAGUGACUCAAUUAUUAAAAGCUCUUAUUACAAUUAUAGCACUUGUUGUGUUAGAGUCACUGUUGACCCCGUUGGAUCAAUAUCUAAUAAUCAGAGCAAAAACUCAAAUCAGAAGUGCGCUGACAGUCAGAUCCUCCUCCUAUCAUGUGAGAUUUAGGAAAUUCUCAUUUUUCAUGUUUUUCCUGCUCAAAAAAACGUCGAGCGUGUCCGAACAUGUGAGAUCAGUUCAGUAUAGAUGUCUGUGUGAGGCCGAGGACCACGACAAAAACUGUUAUAAUCAAUAUUUUCAUGGAUAAUGAAGCCGAACACGUUAACUGAGAGAUGAGAACCAAACUGGAGGAAAGAGAACUGUUUUUACUUUACAGCUGAUUUGAGACGCAGGUCAAAGCCGACCCUCAAAGCCGAAC